UCUUCACUCCUUGAGAAGGAGGCUCGGACAGUCCUCGGGAGAACUACUUAAGUGUCGACCAUAUCCCUCACUUCGAUUGAUGUAUGUAGCACGACCUCUUACUCGCAUCCACAUCAUCCAAACUACAUUCCUACCACGAACGAGAGGUGGGCCGGCAUCAGGAUGUCUUCGAACGAUGCUCCCAAGGGCCCUGCGCCCUCUGAGUUCGUGACAGCAGACAACGAAAAGGACGCCCAGCACGCCGCGGACAAUGUCAUCCACGGCGCGAGGAUGGCGACGGAAAAGGAGCAAAGGAUGACCUUGCUUGAGGGCAUCCGGCUGUAUCCGCAUGCCAUCAUGUGGAGUGUCCUCAUCUCGACGUGCAUCGUGAUGGAAGGGUACGACAUCUGCCUGAUCAACAACUUCUAUGCAAUGCCGCAGUUUGCUAGAAAGUACGGCGAGCAGCUACCGAAUGGCGACUGGGAGGUGCCAGCUCCGUGGCAAGCCGGGCUCAGCAAUGGUGCCAAUGUCGGCGAACUGAUUGGGCUGCUCAUCAACGGCUGGGUGUCGGAACGCUUUGGAUACCGGUGGACUGUCAUCGUGUGCCUGAUGCUCAUCAAUUGCUGGACGGCCUUGUUCUUCACGGCCCAGAACGUCCAGACGCUGCUCGCAGCCGAGAUUCUGUGCGGUAUUCCAUGGGGCGUCUUCCAAACCCUCACCAUCACGUACGCGUCCGAGGUCUGCCCUGUCGCCAUGCGUGGCUACCUGACAACCUACGUGAACUGCUGCUGGGGCAUCGGGCAGCUCAUCGGAAUCGGCGUCAUCAUGUCCAUGCUGGACCGGACUGACGAGUGGGCGUAUCGCAUCCCUUACGCGCUGCAGUGGAUGUGGCCCCUUCCGCUAGCCAUCGGGAUUUUCUUCGCUCCUGAGUCUCCCUGGUGGUUGGUUCGGAGGGGCAAACUCGACCAGGCCAAGAAGGCCUUGUUGCGCCUGACCAGCACGAGUCGGGAGACGGACUUUGACCCGGAUGAGACGGUGGCCAUGAUGGUGCACACCACGGCAUUGGAGGAGAAGACCACCAGCGGCGCGACCUACUGGGAUUGCUUCAAGGGCCAUGACCUGCGGAGGACCGAGAUUGUCUGCAUGGUUUGGGCCAUUCAGAACCUCAGCGGCAACUCUUUCUCGAACUACUCGACAUACUUCCUCAGACAAGCCGGGCUCGACCCGAAUGACGCGUACAAGUUCUCAAUGGGCCAGUACGCCCUCAACGCGGUCGGCGUGUUCGGAGCCUGGUUCCUAAUGAGCCGCGGUAUCGGCCGCCGCUCUCUCUAUCUCUAUGGCCUGUGCGGGCUGUUUUCGAUGCUUCUGAUUCUCGGCUUUCUGGGUCUCGUCCCCGAGUCGCACCGACGAGAGGGCUCUAUCGCUACCGGAAGCAUCAUGCUUGGCUGGGCCUUGACGUAUCAGCUGACAGUAGGGACCGUCUGCUACUCGCUGGUGGGCGAGAUCUCGUCGCGGAGACUACAGAUCAAGACGGUGGCGCUUGGCCGCGUGUUAUACAUCAUUGUCGGCAUUGUGUGUGCGGUGGUGACUCCGUACAUGCUAAAUCCGGGAGCAUGGAACUGGGCGAACUAUGCAGGCUUCUUCUGGGCCGGUCUGUGUUUCCUAUGCGUCGUCUACACCUAUUUCCGUGUGCCUGAGCCGUCCGGGCGCACGUUUGCCGAGAUGGACAUGCUCUUCGAGAAGGGUGUCAGCGCACGCAAAUUUGCAACGACUAAAGUUGACGUGUUCGAGGAGGACGUUGACAGUGAUAUCGUCAAGAACUAUCAUCAUCACUCCAAGGUACAGCGUGUAGAGUAUACUACGGGCAACCCAUAGCAUCAUAUUUGUAGAUCCUGACUCAGUCUAGCAGCAGCCACGCUUUUAAGACAAGAACCAUCAACGCCCUCUUACACACGCCCAUUAAAUGGAAACAUCUGAGAUAAGUACAGCCACCGCAUUGGAAAGAAAAUGAAGGAGGAAGUAGACUAGAAGACAAGAAGGGGAAUGCGA